AUGAACGGAUUAACGGUUAUCAAGAAUCGAGAAGAAAGGAAAAAAUCUAAUGGUACUUCUAAAUUGAUCAACGUUGGUCAUGUCGGCAGAAGACCCAGCGAUAAUCUUUUGAAACAGAUGAUCAGUACAAGUACAUCGUUGACUUGUGAUGAUUUGGAUCUAGAUGUUGAAGAAAACGCUAUUAUCGGGUUGGAAGAUAUCUCUAUGACUCCACCUACUAUUGGUGAUAGACAUUUGAGCGAUAAUUCUGUAGGUACCAAUAACUCAUCCUGUCCUUCUGAUAUUUUUUCUAAUAACAAUUAUAACUCAUCUCCUGAUGGAUUUAAUUCAAGAACAUCAUCUAUUGUCGAUGAUGUUAAUGUUGAUGAUAAUGUCAAUGUUAAUACUGAAGGUGAAGGAGAAGAUGACAUCAUUGAUACUACUCAAGCAAAGAAAUAUAUGUUUAUGAAGACUAAAACCACAAUGUCCUUUACUACACCAACCAAUUCUAAUAUUGACACUAGAUUAAAGAAAAGAAUCCAAGGUGGUAUCGAAUUAUCAUCUGAUCCGACCGCUACAACACAUGGGAAUACUACAAUCACUAGUAAUUCAAGUAGUGUUGCUACCUCUACAACCACAACUCCUGUGACUGCUAAGAAGAAAAUCUUACCUCAAGGUAGUUUUUAUGCUCAUUCUAAUAGUACAUCUGCUAUUUUACAAACAAAACAAAAUAAAACCAAGAUUAAAAACCAUAAAUUGAAGACUCAGUUGAAUUUGGCACAAUCUCAAUCACAAUUGGCUUUAAAUCAUCCACCACCAAUGACACCUUCUCAAAAAUAUAGAAUGAGAAGAGUUAAUGGUGAAACAAAAUUAAGAAACUCUAUAAAGGGUAAAGAGAAAUUUUAUGAUGAACAAGAUAAUAAUGAAAUGGAAUUACAAGAAGGUGAUAUAGACGGUAAGUUGAUUUGGAAUAUUCCAAUGGCUUCAGUAAGUACAAGUAGUUUUUUACAUGAUACACCAAACAAGAAAUCUACCUCUCCUUUAAGAGAUAAAAAUUUCCAUAAGAAAAAUAAUUCUUUUCUAUUGGAUGAAAAUUUUUAUUUACCACCUCCAACUGCCAUUCCAGGGAUUAAUAAUACAAGUGAUUUCCAAUAUAUGGAAAACACUACAAGAGAAAUUACAAACAUUUAUAAAAAUCAAAGUGCUCAUGUAAGUCAACAAAAAUUAGAAGAAAGAAAUUUAAGUUCUGAUUUUUUACCAAUUGAAAUAAAAGAAUUAUCAAAACAAGGUAUGGAAGAUUUAAUUUUGGUUAGUGAAGAGAAAUUGAAUUUAAUUAAUGGAUCUUCCAGACCAAGUUGGCUGCCGCCCAAAGAUGAAUUGGAAAGAGAAUCUCAUAAUAAAGCUAUCAAUAAGACAAUGAGUAUUGCAUCUAUCGAACAAUUAGAUAAGAAGAGAGAAAGAGAGGAAAGAAAGAUGAAAGAUGAUAUGAAUCAUGAAAAGUAUAUUUUAAUUCAAGGACGUGGUAUUAGAAGAAGAUCUAGUUUAAAGAUGAUGAAGAAAUUAAUUUAUGAAACAAGUAUUAAUGGCGAAUUAAGAUAUGAAUUUUGGAAAAUGUUAUUAACAGACACUAAUGAUGAUGAAAUGAAAUGUGAAAACUUUAAAGAAAUGAUGAAUAAAUUAAAUAAGAUGAAUUUCCCCAAAGAAAAAGAAAUUGAAAUUAAAAAAUUAAUUAAAAAUAAUUUACAUAUUGAAGAAUUCUCUCAUUAUGAUCAAUUAUAUUUAUUAUUACAAUUGAAAUCAAUAUCAAUGGAAGGUAUUGAAAGUGGGGAUGAAAUUAUUUUUUUCAAUCUUUUGAGUGAUGAAAAACUAAACAAUGAUUUACAGAAAAUUUGGAAUAUUAAUGUUAAAAUUCAAAAACAAUGCUUCAAUGAUAAUGUACGUAAUAAAUUUGAUGACCAUAUUGUAUCGAAAAAGAGUCUCCUAUAUGGUGAAAAAGAAUAUACUGCCGAAUUUAAUAAAGAAUGUUUGAAUUUCAAAAAUUUCUGGAAUAUAAUGAAAUAUAUUAAUAAUGAUUUAUUCCUAUGGAUCUUGGAUAUCAUUAUAUAUAGCAAUGCUAAUAUUAAAGAAAAUACGUCACGAAGUUGGUAUAGUACAGGAACUUCACAGACAAAUGGUAGAGUGUAUAAUUAUGAAAUCCUGGUUCGCUUUACAGAAAAUGUAUUGAUCAAUUAUCAUAUUGGAUUUAAUAAUUUGAAUGAAUUGAGUGGAUCCAUAACAGAUCCAAAAUUCCGUAUCCCCAUUGAAAUGGAGGGACUGAUAGACUCUGAGGAGAUGGAUAAGAUGUUUGUAAAGAGAUGGAUAAAUCUUGAAGAACAUCGAUAA